UUCUUUUUCCUCCGGCGUGUUGUUUAGGCUAAGUAUGGCUCCCAGGAGCUGCCGCCGGACGGGCUCUCAUAAGGCGCAUUCCUUGGCCCGCCAGUGGAAAGCGAAGCGGCGGCGCCGGGAUCUCGAUCAGAUCCACCAGGAUAUGUUGCCCGAGAACUCGUCGAAGCUCCUACGACAGGAGCCAGACCCCGACAUGCCCGGAAGCGCCCAGCACUACUGCCUGCAUUGCGCGCGAUACUUCAUUGAUUUAAAAAGCAUGAAGGAUCACUUCAGAUCUAAAGUUCACAAAAAGAGACUGAAACAGCUGAGCGAGGAACCCUAUACCCAGGAAGAGGCUGAGAGAGCAGCCGGGAUGGGCUCCUACAUUCCUCCCCAGAAGAUUGAAGUCCACACACAGCCCCUUGAGGAGAUGGAGGAAUCCAGCUGAGACGAGCAGAGCUUUUCUGUGGCCCGUCUGACUGUGGAGAUUUGGACAUAACUGGCCAGGGAUGCACAUGAUCACACGUCCCUCUUGCACAGUUGCAGAACUGAGACAGAGAAGGCCAGCCAGCGGGUCUCGCAAAUUGGAGGGGAGUGUCUUUCACAAUGAAAAACACGCUUUGCCCUGUUCUCUUCAGCAGCGGCUGGAGUUCAGCGGGAGGUCAGGGAAAGGCUCAGCAGAUGCUCCCCUGUCAUAUUGACCCAGUUUAUGUAACUAAUUGCUUCUCCUGCUCAAAGCUGUGGCUGUGGAUUUUCAGCAUUUUGCUCUUAAUAUGACCUCUGCAUCUCCCGAGUGAGCCCUCAUAAUAAAUAAGCUCAUAAGCUGUUAACUUGA